AGGCAGGACAGACGGAGCCCGCUCUGAUUCCUCCUCGGCCGGGCCGGCUCCGCAGGGCCGGCGUUGACCCCCGUGACCCCCGAUGGCCGACUCCUUGCUCAACCACUCCUGGCCUUCCUUCUCCCGGAGAUGGAUGAAGCGCUGGUCCUUCAAGAGAGCUUCGGAGUGCAAGCCGCCGUCCGGACGAGACUUCCCAACCCGGAUCCAAACCGUUUCAGCUUCCGCUUGCAGCAGUCCGGACGAGGAGGAGGAGGAGGCCUUUUUCGGCAGCAUGGCCGAAGGGCAGGAGGACGACCUUUCCUCCCUCGAUGCGCGAGCGCACAGCAGCAGCGAAGACCUUCCCUCGCUGGACGGGGCUCUCCAGGGGUCGGAGUAUUACCGGGACCUGGGCCUUUCGGGGGUCCCGGCCCCCCGUCCGGAUGGGGCGCCCCACUUGCUGGACGAGAAGGCCCACGUCUGCUCCUGCAGCUUCGAAGCCUGUCCGGGACUGGCCCAGGACAGGUUCAGCCUGGACACUGCUUCGUCCUCCUCCUCCUCGGACGGAGAGAAGGCCCUCCCCAAGGGUCCGAGGCCAGAGAGUGGACAAGCGGACGGGGGCCACGUGGGGAAGCGCCUGAGGUCCCGAUCCGUCCCCUCGCCCCAGGAAGUGGCCCCUUCCCCGCCGUCCGUCACCCAUAGAGCGGAGGUCGCCUUGGCUGUCAGUACGGGGUCCGGGCCGCCCGUGUUGGACGUGAUCGGAAGGGACCGCGUGGCCCCGGAGCAAAUGCUGAUGGUUCAGCAGGUGCUGAAGGAGCUGACGCAGUUCCACGGGGCCAAGCGAGGCCUGCGAGGGCCGGAGGGGGUGGAAGCGGCCCCUCCGCAAAACCUGACCUGGUUCGAGUUUCUCUCCAACGAAAGAGACCCUUCCUCAGAAAGAGGCCACCCCACCGUCAAGCGCCGCCUGAGCCACCUCCGCAGCCGCGUCACCGGCUCCUGGCAGAAGGACAAGGGCAAGAGCAAAGAGCGGGAGAAGGAGCCGCCCGGGGAGGCCUUGACGGACGCGGCCACCAACUGCACGACCAUCAUCCACAGAAGCGGCAAGAGCCUCUCCCCUGAAGGCAGCAUCACCAGCAGCAGCAGCAGGCUCAAGCAAAAGGAUUUGCAGCUCUGCCCUCCUAAUUCUUUGCAAGCCGCCUCGCUCCGGGAGCAGCACCACCACGUGCACCCGCCGGCCGGACACGAUGGAGGAAGCGGCAUGACCGUCCUCGGCCAGAGGGGAGCCUCCUCGCCGUCCGCCCUGAGUGCCGCCGCCGGUCAGCUUGGACUCACCGGGGGAGAGAUGGACGAAGGGGAUUCUUCCGGCCUCGCCAGGCUCAAACCGGCCACCGACGAUGCGGUCUCCCUGUCGACCUCGGAAUCGGUCUUCGUGGAAGAUGGCCACUUGGCCUCGUUGCGGAACGAGCUGGAAGCAGACGCCCGGGAGUUCGAGGCCCAGUCGUGGAGCCUGGCGGUGGAGCCCUGGUUCUCCAAGGCCCAGGAGCGGGACACCGUCAAGCGGCAAGACGUCAUCUACGAGCUGAUGCAGACAGAGAUGCACCACGUCCGGACCCUGAAGAUCCUGCUGAAGGUCUACUCGCGGGCUGUGCGGGAAGAGCUCCAGUCGGGCCCGGCCGCUGCUCAGCGCCUCUUCCCCUGCGUGGAGGAUCUGCUGGAGCUCCACGCGGCCUUCUUCUCGCACCUCAAGGAGCGCCGGGCCCAGUCCCUGGAGGACGGCAGCCAGCGCAACUACGUCAUUCAGCGCAUCGGGGACCUCUUGGUGCAGCAGUUUUCUGGCGAGACGGGCGAGCGGAUGAAGGAGAAGUACGGGGUCUUCUGCAGCGGCCACGGCGAGGCCGUCGGCUACUACAAGGAGCUGAUGCAGCAGAGCAAGAAGUUCCAGAACCUGAUCAAGAGGAUCAGCAACUCGUCCAUCGUGCGGCGCCUGGGCAUCCAGGAGUGCAACCUCCUCGUCACGCAGCGCAUCACCAAGUACCCCGUCCUGCUGGAGCGCAUCAUCCACAACACGCAAGCCGGCACCCCGGAGUGGGAGGACCUGACGCAGGCGCUGGCCCUGAUCCGGGCGGUGCUGACGGCGGUGGACGCGGCGGUGAACGAGUGCGAGAAAGGGCAGCGCCUCCGGGAGAUCCUGGCCCGGACGGAGCUCAAGGCCUCCUCGGCCGGGAAGUUCAAGAACGGCCUCGUCUUCCGCAAGGAGGACCUGCUCCAGCGCCGGCUCCAUCUGGACGGGCCACUCUACCUCAAGGCCGGCUCGGGACGCCUCAAAGACAUCCUGGCCGUCCUGCUGACAGACGUGCUUUUGCUCCUGCAAGAGAAGGACCAGAAGUACGUCUUUGCAUCCGUGGACGCCAAGCCGCCGGUGAUUUCGCUGCAGAAGCUGAUCGUCCGGGAAGUGGCCAACGAGGAGCGGGCCAUGUUCCUGAUCAGCGCCUCUUUGAAGGGGCCAGAGAUGUACGAGAUACACACCGCCUCCAAGGAGGACAGGAACUUCUGGAUGGCGCAGAUCCGCCAGGCGGUGGAGAGCUGCCCCGACGAAGAGGAAGGCGUCCUCGCCGACCUGGAGGAGGAACGCAAGGAGGCCGAAGCCAGGGCCGCGAAGCUGAAAGACUUCCAACAGCGCCUGAGCGCGAAAGACGAGCAGAUUGUGCAGAGCCUGAACGAGAAGCAGCAGAUCUACUUGGAGAUGGCCGAGACGUACGGCUUCGAGGACCCGGGCCUCUUGCGCCCCCCUCUCCUUGUCCCGAAGGCCGAGUCCCCGGAGGACCUCCACGGGGAAGCCAUCCUCAAGCAGGCCGUGGAGCAAGUGGAGAGCCUGCAGAGCUGGAUCGUGGCCCAGUUUGGGAGCGGAGCCGACCCCCGUCCCGAAGAGCCCAGCGGGGCCGGAGCCUUGAGGCGCGCAGAGACCUUUGGGGGCUACGACAGCGCCAUGGCGGGAACCCCGGCCAAAGCCGGAAGCUUUAAGCGGAAGGCUUGCGUCGGCCUGGGUGGGGAUCCUCGGCCGCGGGAUCAUCGGAAGGGGCCUCUCGGGGACGCCGAGGCCGGAGAAGAGGGGCCGCACCUGGGCGAUGAUGUCUUCAGGCCGGAGCCCACCCGCCUGUGCCUGCGCUUGGAGACGGAGAUGGAGCUCCUCCAGAAGGUCCAGGCGCUGGCCCAGCUCCUGCUCAGCCUCCAGGGUGUGUUGUCGCGGCAGGAGAGCUGCCUGGUGCUGCAGCGCGGGGCCCUCCUGGACCGGGAGAAGCAGCUGCGCCUGCAGUCCACCCGCGGGAGCCUCUUGCUGGAGCAGGAGCGGCAGCGCAACUUCGAGAAGCAGCGGGAGGAGCUGGCCGGGGUGCAGAAGCUGCAGGCCCAGCUGAAGGCCGAGCAGCAGCGCUGGGAGCGGGAGCGGGAGCGGCGGCAGCGCCAGGACGAGGCCAACGAGGCCCGGCUGCGGCUGCGCGAGGAGGAGGCCCGGCGGGCGGCCCAGCGCCUCCAGGACGAGCAGCGGGAGCUGCAGCGCCAGCGCGAGGCCUACCAGCGCGACCUGGAGCGCCUGCGCGAGGCCCAGCGGGCCGUGGAGAAGGAGCAGGACCGCCUGCAGCACCUCCGCCGCACCAAGAAGCCCUCGCUCGCCGGACAGAGUGCCAGCUCCCCCCUCGAGGGCGGGCAGGUUUUGAGCCACGCACCCAGCUUCAACGGCGAGGGUCCGGAGGGGAGGCCGGGGGGUCGGGCGAGCCUCUCGGGGCCGGAGGGGCCGGACCUUGGGGCGGACGCGGGGGGGUUGGCGGCGCGGCCCUCUCUCUCUCCGCUGCUGCCGGGGCCCCUGAAGAACGAGGUGCCGCUACACCUGCUCAGCGCCACCAACCAGAUCCAGAAGCAGGCCGCCGUCCAGCAGCAGAUCCCCACCAAGCUGGCCACCUUCACCAAGAGCAGCAGCAGCAGCAAGGGGCCCCGGGCCCCCUCCCACCGCACAGACAGCUCUGCCUCAGUCGACAUGCGGCAUCUCCUCUCCGCGCGAUCGGCUGGACGGGAAGAGUCCCUAUCGCGGAGUCGCCUCUCGGCCGCCAGCCCAGUCUUCCCUGCGGGUAAGUUAGUCAGGGAGGGGUUCUGCGGGCUUCCCAUGGCGACACCCAGCAGCCAGCCUGCCUUCCUUCCUUCCUUCUCUCCUCUUUCCCCGCAGACCUGCCGGGUGCCUCCGAGAGCGGCCACCUUGCGACGCCUCCCCCCGCGGCCCUCCUCUUCAAGCCCCAAGGCGCCCACGCCCUCCCGCCCGCCCCAGAUGAUCCUGGCAAGGAGGACGUCAUUUUCUUCUGACUUGGAAAAAGCUCGGGAGGCAUUCCUAUUGCAUCGGACGUUUUCGUAAAGGGGGUUAGGAGAUUCUUUUGUGUGAAACGAGAGGCGGCCGGGCAAACGUCUUAUUCGCAGCCAUGUCUUCGGGAGAGAUUCCGGGUUUUGAUCGUCUUCUUCACCUUCCUAUUUUAUCGGACAUUUUUGUGCCCGAGGAUCCGAGGUUCUUUUGUCUGUGUGAAACAAGAGACGGCCGGGGAGACGGAGGAGACUCCGAAGGACAUCUUAUUCGCAGCCAUGCCUUCGGGAGAGAUUCCGGUUUUCGACCCUCUUCUUCCCCUUCCUAUUGUAUCAGACGUUUGUGCCUGAGGAUACGAGGUUCUUUUGUGUGAAACGAGAGCUGGCCAGGCGAACGGAGGCUCUGCAGGACGUCCUAUUUGCAGACAUACCUUUGGGAGAGAUUCUUGUUUUUGUUUCUCCUCUUCCCCUUUUUAUGGUAUCGGAUGCUUUCUCGCCCAAGGAUCCGAGCUUCUUUUGUCUGUACGAAAUGAGAGGCAGCCAGGCAGACCUCCUGGAUGUCCUAUUCCCAACCCUGCCUUCAGUGGAGAUUCCAGUUUUCGAUCUUCUUCUUCCCCUUCGUAUUGUAUCUGAUAUUCGCACCCGAGGAUUCAAGAUUCUUUUGUCUUUGCAAAACGAGAGGUGGCCGGGCAGACCGAGGAGUCUCCACAGGACGCCCAUUUCUUCGUCUCUCUCUUUCUUUGUUCCGUGUUCUUCCCGCAUCCUACGUGCCACGCAAGGCUUAUUUGUUGAGCUCAUGUCCGGUAUUUUGGGAAACAAAAAAACCCAGUUUCCUCAGCCCUUAGACCUCCACGCCGUUGCCUUUCAGAAGGGAUCUUUCACAAGAGACGUUGCCUAGUUUCCGGGGCCGAGUGUCUUUCCGCAACAUGGAACUCCCUUCCUUCCGUCUUUCGUGCCGAAAUUCCACCGUUCCGUGCAAAUGUGGACUUCGUAAAGACUUCUCUUUUUGGGGGAUCCAGUGGUGUCUUGCUCCGCAAAGAACUGUCGCAGGAGGAAAUAAUUAUUAAGAAAUGAAGUGAAGAAGUGAAAGCAUUUCCUCUCUCAACGAGGACAUUUUGAGCGUCCCGAUACUGCCAGGAAUGUUGACUCUCGUCGGCAUUUAGGGACAAAGUUUUUAGCGGGGAAAGAAGCGUGUUGGUGGGAAAACUCUCCCAGGAAGAAGAAGAAACAGCCUGUGUCUUAAUAAUAACAACAACAACAACAUUAGACCUAAUCCUAGCUAUUUCCUCCUGUUGUUUUCCGGCUGCAUCCGGAUCGCUUUGUGCCAUAUUCUCAGUGUCUUGAUGUCUCUGUGUGUGUGUAUAAAUAUCUAUAUAUAUAUGUAUAUUUUGGUACAGAAAAGAAAUCAGAGCACUUUAGAACAAUGACGGGCGGCCAUCAAAGUUCCCCGUUCGCCAAGACUUGAUUCGCGAGCAUCCACUGCCUAUGACAACAUUGGUGGUAGUUGCGUUAUUAUUUCCAACAUGGACACUCCCCUCCUAAAAUCUACAAUGUAAACACCUCUCACCAACGGGGUGUGCCUUAGGAUCUUCUCUAAAUAAAGCUUUUUUUUCCUUUUC